CUCUUGUUUGCAAAACGACUGGGUUCUGAGUUCAUCACUACCAGAAGAACUGUUCUCUCCGGUGGCACAGAGAUCUGAGAAGCUGAACCAGCUCAGCAGUCCAGUCGGAUAUCCUGGAGGAUUAUGGCAACCAGCGCCUUGCAGAUGGCUGGACUGGUGCUUGGUGGUGUUGGCAUGGUGGGCACAGUGGCCGUCACCAUCAUGCCUCAGUGGAGAGUGUCAGCCUUCAUUGAAAGCAACAUUGUGGUUUUUGAAAACAGGUGGGAAGGACUGUGGAUGAACUGCAUGAGGCAUGCCAACAUCAGGAUGCAGUGCAAGGUCUACGACUCCCUGCUGGCUCUCUCUCCAGACCUCCAGGCGGCCAGGGGACUGAUGUGUGCGGCUUCUGUGCUGUCCUUCUUGGCUUUCAUGACAGCCAUCCUUGGCAUGAAGUGUACCCGGUGCACUGGAGACAAUGAGAAGGCAAAGGGCUACAUUCUGCUAACGGCUGGAAUCAUCUUCAUCAUCACAGGCAUCGUGGUGCUCGUCCCUGUGAGCUGGGUUGCCAAUUCCAUCAUCAGAGAUUUCUACAACCCAGUCGUGAACGUUGCCCAAAAACGUGAGCUUGGAGAAGCCCUUUACAUAGGCUGGACGACGGCGCUGGUGCUGCUUGCUGGAGGGGCACUGUUUUGCUGUGUUUUUUGUUGCAGUGAGAAGAGCAGGAGCUAUAGAUACUCCAUACCUUCCCAUCGCACGACCCAAAAAAGUUAUCCCGUGGACAAGAAAUCCCCGAGCGUGUACUCCAGAAGUCAGUACGUGUAGUUGUGCAUGUUUUUAACUGUACCUGUAAAGCCAUGCAAAUAACCAAAUUGUCUUCUAUUUUUAAGAUUUGCUCUUCUUGACUGCCUAACAUUAAUUGCAGGAGCCAUGCAUCAGCUAUUUAUGAUUCUAUGAGCCGUUUCACCAGAAUGAGACACUAAACACUCCACUUUGAUUUCACUCCACAAACACUCCAGCAAUUUGUUUUCUAAAAUGAUUCGUGCAUCUCCUCUAUCAGUUAUUUCAAAAUGACAUUGUUAAAGACUGUAUUAGUUUACGACAGUAAUUUCUCUAUGACAACGUUAUGCAUGUACGUGAGUGUGAUGUUUAUCUCACAUAGAGACCUGCUUAUAUGGUUUUAUUUAAAAUGAAAUACUGAUCCAUUACACUGAAUAAAUAGAGCUCAGCUAUUGCUUUUCAGGGAAAUCACGGAUGGGAUUGAAGAAGGUUAAUAUUAAUUGUUUCAAAACAGCUUUAGGGAUUAGCACCCUCCAUGUAUAAUGAAGGUUAAAAUGAAGGCUUUGAUCAUUUAGUGUAAAGGAAACUAAACUGCUUUCUGAUAUCCCCUUUUUAGCCUAGGAGUUAGAAAUACUAACUCCUUUAUCCUCUUCCUUCAGAGGACUUCCUUUUCACGUAAAUUAAAUUAACAUUUGUUCAAAAAUUGAUAUUUUGUCAAGGGGCUUUGCAUUCAAACUGCUUUACCAGGACUAUACUAAGAAGAAAGAUAAAAGUAUGGUCUAAGAAACAUUAAUGGUUUCAGGAUAGUGAAAUGUUUUUUUCCUGGUAAAUUUUUGUAGCUGGAGAAGAAGGAUGUAUGUUGACAAGAAAUCAUAUAUGUAUGGAUAUUUUUUCAUAAUAGUCAAGUACAGAUUUGGGGCUUUUCUCAACAUAAAUAAUAGGCCAGAAAAUAUAACAUGUCUGGUUUUUAUUUGCUCAUCAGAAACAAACAAACGAAAUUCUCCUUGGAGAACUUCAUCUGCUCUUAUGUAGAUAUGCCGGACAAAACUGUCAUUUCAAUUCUGUGGAAGAUCAAUUUCCUACUUGUUUCAUUUUUGUCCAUCUUUGGUAAAGUUUAGAAAUACUAUGAUUGCAGGAGGGUCUUACCUAACAAAUGCAAUCAGUGUAACCUGGCUUAUUGUAC